UUCUCACUAGCCAUUAUUCUGUGCAAAUGAAUAUAUGGGCAGAGUUAAAGGAUUAUUCCACCAAAUCCUUAUACAAAGAGCAUAUGCACAAUGUCAGGUGGUGGGGGUUGUGCAAAAGGACCCUCUCAUAACGGCUGAACUUGGAGCCAAUCUGGCAAUUCUUUGUAAUUAUUCCUCCGACUUUAUGCAUAAAGUUUCAUGGUACAAGCAGACUAUCGGAACAAGACAACUACUAGUUGCAGACUCUCAGCGCUACUCAAAAGAAGCCACAUUUUAUAAUGGUUUUGACAAAAACCAUUAUAUUGUACAAACUGAAGACAGCAGUUGUGCUUUGAGCAUUGUGAAAACAGAGCAGUCUGAUUCUGCGACCUACUACUGUGCCGUGGCUUUUUUGAAUAUCAUUACUUUUGGAGAUGGAACAGUUUUGGUGAUCAAAGAUUCUGAAGGUGCACAUUAUUCCAACCACACACUUCUCCAGCAGCCUAUGUUGGAACCAGUUCAUCCAGGAAACUCUGUGACUCUGCAGUGUACAGUCCUCACAGAGAUCUGUGUCGGAGGACACAGCGUCUAUUGGUUCAGACAUUGUUCAAAUGAGUCUCAACCAGGAAUUAUUUAUUCUAAUGGACAUAGCAAGGGUCAGUGUCAGAAGAGCUCUGUGGCUGACUCUCUUACAGAGAGCUUUGUGUAUGAGCUCACAAAGAGGAAUCUCAGCCUCUCUGAUGCUGGUACUUACUACUGUGCUGUGGCUCUUUGUGGAGAGAUACUGUUUGGGAAUGGAACUACACUGUUCUUCAAUGGUGGAAGUUGUAUUGAACAGAUGAAUAUGUUGUCCGGGCUCUCCAUUUUAAGAUCUCUGAUUCUUGCUGUCAUGCUUAUUACUCUUACAGUGUUCCAUUGUUUCUUUAAAUUAAAUAAAAACAUUGCCACAGACUACUUCUCCUGCUUCACAGGAGAAGCACCAACAUGUAUCAUCACUCUUUAUGCUGGCUCUGUUCCUGUGUUUCAUGGAGACUUUACACAUGAUAGAAGAUUCAAAGUAAACAAGAGCGAAACUCAAUAUACUUUAACGAUUUCAGAUUUAAAGCAAGCAGAUGCUGGAAUCUAUUAUUGUGCUGUAAGGGACUAUAACCUUGUAGUUUUCAGUAAUGGUGUGUUUCUCAAAUAUGAAGGACCUAAUUCAAAGCACCACCAUUAUAUCAGUGGAUUUGUAUUACUUGACCAGACAGAUAACAAUCUGAAAUUGAAAGAGACAGUUCACCCAGGAGACUCUGUGACUCUGCAGUGUACAGUCCUCACUGAGAGCUGUGCAGGAGAACACAAUGUCUACUGGUUCAGACAUGUCUCAGGAGAAUCUCAUCCAGGAAUCAUUUAUACUCAUGGAGACAGCAGUGAUCAGUGUAAGAAGAGUUCUGAGGUUGGAUCUCCCGUACAGACCUGUGUCUUCAACCUUCCAAAGAGUAAUCUCAGCCUCUGUGAUGCUGGAACUUACUACUGUGCUGUGGCCAUGUGUGGGGAGAUAUUGUUUGGGAAUGGGAGUAAGCUUGAAUUUGCUGGUGAGCAGAAACAUGAAACCAGUGUCAGCAUUUUACCAAAUGCAUAA